AUGACGGUCCGCGCCCACCCCUACUUCCCGCUCGACCUGCACCUUCCCGAGUAUGUGCCGCUGCAAGUGGACUUUGUCUACAUCCUGGGAGUCUUCUUCGCAGCCGUGGUGCUGGUUUUUGCCGGCACAUGGGUGCUGUCAGGUGGGUGCAGGCGUCACAAGCACCUGACCACCACCGAGCGCCUGCUGGCGUGCUGGUUCAUGGUGACGGGGCUGAUCCACUUUGUGAUUGAGGGCUGGGUGGUGGCCAAGGCAGACUUCUACCAGGAUGCAUCGGGCAACUACCUGUCAGACACAUGGAAGGAGUACAGCAAGGCGGACAGCCGCUACGCCUCCCGCGACUCCUUCAUCAUCUCCAUGGAGGCCAUCACCGCCUUUUUGUGGGGCCCGCUGUGCCCGCUGCUGGUGCACGCCAUCUUCGCCGUCAAGCCCUGGCGCUACACGCUGAUGGCGGUGGUGUCGGUGGGCCAGAUCUAUGGCGACGUGCUCUACUACGGCACCUGCUUCCUGGAGGGCUUCAUCCACUCCCGCCCCGAGCCCCUCUACUUCUGGUUCUACUUUGUGCUCAUCAACGCCAUCUGGAUCGUGGUGCCCUUCCUCUGCCUCCUCCACGCCUGGAACAAGAUCAGCGCCGCAGUCGGCAGCAGCAAGCCCAAGGCCAAGCGCAGGUGACGCGGCGGGGGCCCAGGCCAGCACCCCGCGUGGAUGGUCCUGUACAACGCUGCAAUUUUCACAGUUCAUUCUGAAAGAGAGGACUG